AUGGGAAACAAAGUGGGGAAGCAAGAAAGGGAAUAUGUGAUAUUGCUUAAGAUUGUACCUCCUUUGGAUCAAGCAUAUGUUAAAUGGCUUGCCAAAGAUGUUGCAGGAAUUCAAGGCUUUACUCCAAGAUGUGUUCGUGCAGUGAAACCACCAUAUCAUUAUGUUGAAUAUAUGAAGUUGAAUGGGUGGUUGGAUGUGGAUUUAGAUGAUCCUGAUAUUGCUCAUUUGUUCAAGUAGA